AUGCGUUUCUCAACUGCUGUCCUCCCUGCUUUGGGAGCCCUUGCUUCGCUGGGCGAAGCAACUCCCACAUUCUUUGGUGGCGGCGGCUCUGGUGAGGCUUCUGGUGAGCUCUCUGGUGGUGCCCAUCUCGGAGCUGGUGCUGGCCUGGGUGCCGGUGCUGAUGCUGGAGCUGGUGCAGGUGCCGGAGCUGACGCUGGAGCCGGCGGAAAGGUUGGAGGAGGAGCCGGUGCUCAUCUCGGAGCUGGUGCUGGCCUGGGUGCCGGUGCUGGAGCUGGUGCCGGAGCCGGUGCUGGUGGAAAGCUCGAGGGUGGUGCUGGCGGUAAGGUUGGCGGCGGUGCUGGUGUUGGUGCCGGCGUUGGCCUCGGUGCCGGUGUUGAUCUUGGUGCUGGAGCUGGUGCUGGAGCUGGUGCUGGCGGAAAGCUCGAGGGUGGUGCUGGCGGUUCCGCUGGUGGCCACCUCGGCGGCGAUGUUAAGGGUGGUGCUGGCGGUAAGGUCGGCGGUGGUGCUGGUAUUGGUGCUGGCGUUGGCCUCGGUGCCGGUGCUGGUGCUGGUGCUGGAGCCGGCGGCAAGCUUGAGGGUGGUGCCGGCGGUUCUGCUGGUGGCCAUCUUGAGGGUGAUGUUAAGGGCGGCGCUGGCGGUAAGAUCGGUGGCGGCGCCAAGGGUGGCAUCGGUGCUGGUGUCGGUCUUGGUGCCGGUGUCGGUCUUGGUGCUGGUAUCGGCGCCGGUCUUGGUGGCGGUCUUGGUGCCGGUCUCGGUGGUCAUCUUGGAGGCGGCCUCGGCGGUCUUCUCGGUGGUGGCAUCGAGUGGAAUGCUGGUGGCAAGGGUGACUGGCACUCUGGUACCUCUUGCAGCAUCGGCAACGCUUGGAAGGAUCACGUCCUCUUCGAGGGCAUCUGUGCCCCUGAGACUUCUUCCUCCCCCGCUGUCAACCUCGGCCUCAACCUCCCCAAGUGUCAGCUCUCUGGUGACAUUGGCUUCGCUUGUGGAGCUGACUUCCUCACCACUCCCAACGUCCGUGUCGGCCUCGGUGGCAUCUCUGCUUACAUCGAGAUCGAUCUCUCUGCCUCUGCCUCUGUCCACCAGACUGUCGAGCUCUACGCUGCUCCCAAGAUUGGUAUUGCCAUCCCCGGUCUUGACGCUGAUCUGAAGGCUGCUAUCGACGCUGCCAUUGCUAUUGAUCUCGUUGUCGGCUGUGGCAAGGCCAUCGACCUCUCUGCUGGUGUCUACAUCAAGUUCCCCGAGUCCGCCUACGUCGACAUCUCUCUGCUCACCAAGGAGGUCAUCCACGCUUCUCUCGAGGGUCUCGUCACCAAGGCUCUCCCCGUUGGCGUCGGUGCCGAGGUUGAUCUCGGUGCUGGUAUCGACCUCCAGCUUGGUCUCCGUCUUCGUUCCGAGCUCGCCAUCGGUGGUGGUCUCGACAUUCCUGUUCUCGGCCUCGGCGGCAAGGGCUCUGCUGAGGUUGGCUUCGGUUGUGGUAUCUGGUUCUCCCUCUUCGACUACAGUGCCACCAUUGGCGGUGCUGCUGGUGGCAGUGCUGGUAUUGAUAUCACCGGUGAGUUCGGCUGCAACCUCGGUCUCGCUGUCGACAAGAAGUUCAACCUUGCUGGUGAUCUCUUCGGUCUCAUCCCCAACCUCUCCGUCGGCCUCGCCAAGGGUAUCAAGUCUACCUUCAACCAGGCCACCCGUGGUACUUGCGGCAAGUUCAUCGACUACUACAAGAACGAGGGCUCCAACGACUCCCCUACCAUCACCGCCUCUGGCAUCAUCACUGCUACUGGUGGCGCUUCUGUUGACAUCUCUGUUCCCGCUGGUGUCACCAAGUCUGUCGAGUUCUCUGGUUCCAUUGGUGUCCCCGGUGGUGACCUGACUGACUCUGGAUCUCUCCCCGCUGCCACCACCGCCCCUGGUUCUCCCGAUGAGACUCCCGGAUCUCCUGACGAGACUCCCGGAUCCCCCGAUGAGACUGCUCCUGGUGUCGAUGUCACUGGCUCAGACUCUCUCCCCGCUGCUACCACCGCCCCUGGUUCUCCUGAUGAGACUGUCUCUGGAUCUGUCCCCGACACCACUCCUCCUGGUGCUAUCCCCACCGGUCCCGCUGGCGUCCCUGACCACACCAUCACCCGCGGCGUCGAUGUCACUGCUAUCUUCGGUACUCACGCCCCUGGUGCCACCGUCACUGUUUCCGGAUCUGAGGGUUUCACCACCUACAUGUCUGGCUCUGAGGGCUUCACCUCCAUCUACUCUGGUUCUGAGGGUUUCACUACCGUCUUCCCCGGUGGCGAGGGCUUCACCUCUAUCAUCUCUGGAUCCGAGGGCUUCACCACUAUUAUGACUGGUUCCGAGGGCAGCUUCACCUCCAUUGUUUCCGGAUCUGAGGGCUUCACCACUGUCAUUGCUGGCGGCGAGGGCUUCACUUCUAUCGUCUCUGGCUCUGAGGGUUUCACUUCCAUCAUCUCAGGCUCUGCUGGCUUCACCACCGUCAUCCCUGGUUCCGAGGGCUUCACCACUGUUCUCACCGGCUCUGAGGGCUUCACCUCUGUCUACUCCGGAUCUGAGGGUUACACCUCUGUCUGGUCUGGAUCCGAGGGCUGGACUUCUGUUGUCUCUGCUGAUGUCCCUGCCCAGACUCCUGGAUCGGACUACGGCCUUCCCCCCAACCACAACGCUGAUGCCACCACUGCUGGUAACACUCAGGUCGGCUCCGGCAGCCUCCCCGUUGCUACCAGCGGCCCCGUUGGCAACUCUGACAGCCCUGCUGCCACCACUGACGCUGGAUCUGACGCUGAUGUCACCUCUGCUGCUCCCGCUGUCACUGAGGCUCCUGACGCUUCUGGCAUGAUCACCAGCACCAUCCGUGAGACUCACGUCUACACCAUCACCUCUUGUGCUGCUUCCGUCAUCAACUGCCCUGCCUCUUACACCCAGAAGAUCGUCACCCAGCGUGUCAUUGAGCGCACUACUGUCUGCCCUGCCACUGCCACCGCUACCCCCGAGAAGCCUACUAAGGGUUCUGACAAGCCUGCUGGUCCUCAGGAGGGUGGCGAUGCUAAGCCUGUCCCCGGCACUGACAACGGUAACGGUAACGGAUCUGGCAGCGAUGGCUAUGCUCCUGCCCCUACCUCUCCUCCUAAUGCUGCCGAGACCACCAUUGAUCUUGUCACCAUCACUCAGGAUGUCACCACCAUCGUCCCCUGCACCAAGUUCGUCACCAGCACCUUCGUUGCUCCUACCAGCGUCCACAUCCCUGACGCCGCCACUGUCACCAUCAUUGGCGACCACACUGGCCAGCUUCCUCAGGAGACUGGUACUCAGCAGCCCGAAGCCCCCGGUGCCUUCACCACUCUCACCCGAGUCCAGGCUUCUGCCACCGACUCUGGUGAGUACCCUGUCGCCACCGGUGGCGCUGAGCAGGCUGCCCCUGGCUACGAUGUCCCUGGUGCUAUCCCCACCAGCAAGACUCCCACCAACGGGACCAUCCCUGGACAGGUUCCCGUUGUUGCUGGUGCUUCUCUCGUCAGCGUUGGAUCCAUGAUCCUCGCUCUCCCUAUGGCCCUCGCCUUUUUCAUGUAA